GCACGCUGGCCGGGGGGAGGAAGAGGCGGCUGCGGGGAGGCCUCAGCGCCGCCCUCCCUCAGCCCUGCGGUCCCACCCUCCCGGUGCCAUGGAAACGCGGCCUGUUGGCCCCAGGGCGGCGGGCCGCCUGGCGCCGCGCGGGCCUCCGCCCUGGCCCACGUCCGGCUGCCUUCCAUGGCCUCGGCCCGGCCUUGCUCCCGCCCGCCCGUCCCCGCCGUUUCCUUCCCCUCUUCCUCGGCGGCGACGGUCCUCACCCGGGCGCGGGCGCGGGCCGAGGCGCAGCUGAUUUCCGCGGUGGCCGGCGAGCGGGCCAUGCGCUGGAGCGAGGUUGUUGAACGUUAUACAGCACUCUUGAAAACUUUGAGCAAGGAGGAACUUCCCAAAGACUUUGAGCCUGGUCCUUACUAUUCACAACUGCUAUUUGAAACCCAUUAUCAUUUAGCUGUAGCUUUCCAAAGACAGAAUCAUCAUCAGGAAGCAGUGCAAGAGCUUAAGAAAGCAAUAGACGUUGCAUCUAUCCGUAAGAUUGCCUGUCAAGUUGGCUGUGUUUCCAGAACUUUCCUUCAUACACCACUAUUUGCAAGAAGAGCAUAUGCAUAUGUAAAAUGUGGUUGUUUGAAAGAAGCAAUAGAUGAUGCUAACAAGGCUGUUGAGUUAGACCCUUUGAACCCUGAUGUAUAUUGUGUUCGUGCUCUUGUUUGGAACACAAUGAAAGAAAAGAAGAAAGCGCUUUUUGAUUUAAACUGCAGCCAGAAGCUAAAGCCUUGUCAUAUUUCCACUUUGAUCAUAAAGGGAAUUAUUAAAAAUUCUCUUAUGGCAACAGGGGAUCCACAGUUUUUAGGGAAGAAUAAAGAUCAUGAAAAGCCCUGGAAACCCAUCUCUCUGAGAAGAAUUGGAGCCUGCACAGGUCUGCACUAUUGUGAUGAGCGUUGAGAGCAUGGGGCGCCUGAUCAUGCAGAGUUUGCAGAGCUGCCCAGAGGACCACCAGGAAACAUGACAAUUCCUUGGAGGCUAGAUUGCUGUGGAACAUAGAAAGAAUAAAUUCAGAAUUGUUGGCAGGAUUCACGGAACAGUUGCAGACAGUGGAGAGCUGGUUCUGAGCCUGAGAAACAAGCAUUGAGUGGUGGGGUUGCAUUGUUAUGCAGGUAUGUGAUGACAAGCAGUGGCUGCAGAACUUCUGGAUGCAUGAGGCCAUAUUCCUCGAUCAGUAUAUGGAGCUCGUCCCAGCCUUCCAGCUCAGUGACUCCAAAACAAGAUCUGCACUGACAGUGGAGAAGUGAGGGGUGAUCACUGCAGGGCUGACCUUACUAUGAGGCAAACUGAGGUGGCUGCCUCAGGUGCCACGUUGUGAGGGGGUG